AAAUAUAAACGUAUUACAUCAAGACGUGAACAAAGUUAUAAUGUGGAUUUUGUUUUUUGUUUUUACCAUCACAUCGUGUAGCGCUGCAGAAUUUAGCUCGCGACCCACAAAUGUCAGCCUACUUCUAUUACAUUUCACGAACGAAGCUACAAAAGGUCCAGUCGUUUUAGCACCUUUCGGUUUAUGGAGCAUGAUGGCAGGUGUGUCGUUCGGUGCCCAUGGAGGCACAAAAAAAGAAAUCUUCAGAGCUUUUCUGUUACUCACAGAUAGGAAAAAGUUCAGCGAACAAUAUAAAAACUUAACGGACGUGCUGUUCCAAGUAAAUACGACUGGUGUGGAAGUUACGAAUAACAAUUACUUCUUUGUGGAUAAGAACAUUCUUAUAUACCCAGAUUUCAGGGAAAUAUUAACGAACGAUUAUAAUUCGAUAUUUAUGACUUUCGACUUUCAAGACCCAAUAUUAUCAGCAGAUCGUGCGAAUUCAAUACUUAGAAAUACAAGUAAACGAAAAUCAUAUAUAUUUCAUUCAGAUGAUUUUAAAGAUUCCACUAUUGUUAUGGCCAAUGUUAUUUUCUUUAAAGGUUACUGGUCAACACCCUUUAAUAUGUCAAAUACCGCAAAGGAAAUGGUAAAUUCUUUCGAUGGUAAACAAGGUAUUGUAGAAAUGAUGCAUAUGAGUGCGAAAGUGCGCUCUAGCCACAUGGAAUCGAUGAAGGCUACUGUGACGGAGUUGCCAUAUGGAAACGAUGGGAAAUAUUGUAUGCUACUAUUAUUUCCCGACGCGAAUGUCAGUAUAAAAGAUAUGUACAAAAAUUUCGAAAGAGUUACAUUCAGGGAUAUUUUUACCAAGCUCCAGGGAGACGAAGAUGAAUUCGGAUUAAAAGAUAUUGACGUAAAGCUACCGAAAUUUGUAAAAAGAUCAAAAUUACAAUUGGCGAAACCAUUUAACGAUAUGGGCAUAUAUGAUGCUUUUGAACCAAAUGAUGCCUCAUUUGGCAGGAUAUCAAAUGAGCCGAUUUACAUUGAAACGAUUGAACACAAUGUCAUAGUUUCGGUAACGGAAUCAGGGACCGUAGCGUAUGGAACUACGCCAGGUAUAAUUGCGAAGCUUCCCACUGUCCAGGAAAAUGAGGUGAUGCCACCGUUUUCUUUCUUUAUCAUAGAAAAGUCAACAGCAACUGUAAUUUUUGGUGGUAUAUUCUAGUUUAUGCAAAAAAUAAUCACAAACUUUAUAUAAAAUACAUAAUUGAAUUGAUUAUUCUAUAAAGCGGGUGGAACAGAAAGUGAUCGUAAAACUCUUGACGAUAAAAAGUUCAAAUCCGGAAUCGAGAAUACGACUAAUAAAUAAAUUUGUGAAUUUUGCAAUGGGACAUGCGGGUGGUUUUCAGUAUAUAAUUAAUAAUAAGGUCUAUAAAGAUAUUAUUCACAAGAACCAAGUGUACGUUUACUCUGAAUUGAUCAUUCCUUGACUCAUAAUUUACUGUUUAAAUAUAUUGUUAAGAAGCUGAGGAUUAAAUUCAAAGUGUUUUAUACUUUUCUAGAAUAUCACCUUUAUUAUCAGAACCGAACUAAGGCCCCUUAUAGAAUUCCUUUCGUAUAAAAUAAUCAAAACUUUGUUCAUUUGUUUUUUAAAGUGUCUGGAAGAUCUCAAAAUAACAGGGGCUAAAAAAAGGAUAGGUUAUCAAGCAUGCCCAAAUUCUAGAAAGCAUUUUUUUUUUAAAUAUGAAUAUUAAGAAUGUAUAAAUAUUACAAAAUAAUGCAGUUUAUAUCUUCCUUAACGGAUUUUGAUGAUCAUCGCUGAUAGAAAGAGCGAUAGACGUGAAAGGUUUUUAAAUAUUUGUAAAUGUUUUGUUGAAAAUGACUGAGCUGAGUGAUAAGUCCAAAAUCGUAGGUCUUAAAAAACGCCUACAGAAAAGUCCGCAAUAGCACGCGUCCAUCAAUGUUUAUGUUAUUCAUAUUCAAAAACGUUACAAAUGUAAUAUUUCUGUUUAAUAUUUUCCUGCUAACCGAACUUUUACUUUCUUCAUUACAUAGUAUAAAACAAAGUCGCUUACUGCUGUCUG